CUAAAUUCUAUUGAGUUAAUUCAAUUGAAAAAUCUUAAUAAUCUACCAAUUUGGCUCAGGAACAUAAGAUUACACAAGUAUACUGAUAUUUUAUCAGAUAUUCCAUGGAAGACGUUGAUUUACUAUAACGAUGAAGAUUUAAUGAAAGCAGGAGUUGUAGCUAUGGGUGCAAGAAGAAAAUUGUUAAAAGCGUUUGAUAUUGUUAAAGCUGCAUAUAAGAAUAAAGAUAUUAUUGGAUUUGAAGAAGAUGAAAAGUUGAAUAAAGAGAUGAAGAAAUUAGAGAUUGGUAAUUGA